CACGUCCGACCAGCCCAAGUAGAAAGUGAAACUGGUGGAAGGUUGCUAUAAAAAUUGUAGCAGCCUCAAAGCGAGCCCAGUCGAGGCGAGCGAGCCACAACACUCACAGCUGUCACGCAAAAAUGCUUCUGCUAAUUCUCGCAACCCUGACAGCCUUGGCGGCGGCAAGACCGUCUUUCAUCGCGGUUCCAGCCGACCAAAUUGCCUUCAUCGACCUCUCCAACAUCCAUUCGCGCCACGUGAGGGUGCCUCGCCAGACCCUCUCGCCGCCCCCUCCGCUCCCCGUCGCCCUUUAUGACCAGGAAUACCAGCCAGUACAGCUACAGCAGUACCAUCAUCAACCUGUAGGACUAGCACCGCUUCUAGAACCUCAAAAUCCCACCAAAGUCUUAACUCUACAACAACAGCCCCAGGAUACUAUAGGAGCACAUUCACUGACACCAUCAGCACGCUUGUCGGAACGGCCCCCGGACUUCGGAGAAUACGUAGACUUUGGCGCUCAUACUGGUGAUAACGGUGCUUUUGGAUGGUAUGCUGACUAUCCUAUAAAUCAUCACGACGAUAUAAGUUAUAGAAAGUAAAGUUACCAAUGAACAUUGAAUUUCAUUGUCAAAAUUUCGAACUUCAAAUUUUCUCGCCAAGUUGUGAUUUUUUAAAGAUUUGCGCGUUCUUUUAACACGAAAAUUGAUCUUCAAAAAUCAAUAUUACCGCCGUCAUUUUGAGGUUGAAGUUACUUUUAAGUCGGUAUACACAAAAAAUGAAGUUUGAAGUUUGAAGGAGACAAUGAUCGAAUGAAUUUCGUUGUUUUAAAGCAUAAAAUGACACCUUGCCAAUUUUAUUUAGCACUUCGAAAAUGUUACCAAAGACAGUAUUAUACGCGUAAAUCGCAUUUCUCUUUUAAUGCAGAAUAACCGCACAUUUGUUUUAGACGGUUCAUUCCGCUUUUUUAUGCACUUUGAUAAUUUUCAUUUUGAUAUUUUAGGUUGUUCUAAUGUUCCUAUAUUUUACAUUGUAAGUUGUUGCUUGAUCAAAGAACUGUGAUACGAACCGAUGUAGUUAAUUUUCUUUUCAACUUUAACCUUUUGCUAUCUUUUAACGUUCUAGCUUUAGUACUAUCAGCUUAUGUUGUAUUUUUUCUAUACUUUUCUAAUCUUUACUAUUUUUAUGAAACUUUAUUUUUAAGGCAUCUUCUGCUUAAUAUUUUCUUAUUUAUGUUCAUAAAUACUAGUUUUUCAUGAACCUUUAGCAUGCUUUAUCUUCGCUUAUUCUACACUUUUAUCUGCACUCAUUCUUGCUCAUUUUAUCUAUCACAUUUGUAACUAUCACUUCUAUUCUAUCACUAUUUCUUUAUCUUCUUAAUAUAUUUUUACUGCUAUCUUCGCUUCAUUUCAUGCCAUUUCCGCUUCAUUUCUGUUUCUUCAUUUACAUUUUAUCUGUCACAUUUGUAACUAUCACUUCAUUUCUAUCACUGUUUCUUUAUCUUCUUAUUAUAUUUCUUUACUGUUAUCUUCGUUUCAUUUCAUAUCAUUUCCUCUUCAUUUCUGUUUCUUCAUUUACAUUUUGUCUAUCAAAUUUGUAACUAUCACUUCAUUUCUAUCACUGUUUCUUUAUCUCCUUAAUAUAUUUCUUUACUGUUGUCUUCGUUUUAUUUCAUGUCAUUAACGCUUCAUUUCUGUUUCUCUAUUUGAUUGCUAUAUUACAAACAUUUAUAAUGUACUGAAUAACCAUCGUUUUACAUUUUCAUUUCACGGCUAUCAUCUGUCAAUAUCGACACAAUAUCACACCACUUAAAAUAAGUAAAUAGAUUGCCUAAAUACUUAUGUAGUCGUUUUGUUUAUCACUUAUCUUAUCUAUGUCUAUACUUUUCACAUUUCAUUUAGCUUUUCUACUUUUUCUUGCAACGCUUGCACUUGGUACCAAACGUAUGCAAUCCAACACUCAUGCUUCUUUCCUUUUUCUACCUUCCACUUUCAAUUUUACUUUAUAUAUUAUUUAUGUUUCUUUCCUUCUUCCAUCUUUCACUUAUAAAUAAUUUUUCUUCCAUAUUACUAUAAUACUUUUUCAUCUCUUACCUUCCACUUUAAAGUAUUUUUCUUCCUAUACUGUUAAUGUUUCUUUCCUUCUCCCAUCUUCAACAUUAAAAUUGCUUUUCAUUAUUUAUGUCAUACAUUUUUCCUCUAAGAUGUCACAUUAAAUAUCUUUUCUGUCAUUCUUUCUGCUCCUUUUCUUCUUCUACUUAUUUUCGUACCAUCUCUUUAUCUGUUAUCUUUCGCUCUGAUUUCUUUAUCUCUUUAAAGGCUCGUUCAUUGCUUUCUACUUUCUACUAUCUCUCAGUCUUUUCUGUCUAUAAAAGUCCUUCUAUAAAUUCUAAUAUUCACUUUUUUCCGUUUAUUUUUAUUCGUUAUUCAACUUCAUUAUUCCCUUCAUAAUUUUCCUUCAAUUUCUAUUAAUUUCUAAAAAAAAUCUUAUCUUUCCUUCUUUCCCAGUUUUAUUCAAUACUAUUACUAGCUAGCUCUGCCUUUUUCUUCAUCUGACUUUACCUCUUUCUUUUUCUAUAUUUUCCUUUUCUUAAUUCUUCGCUUCAUUUUUAAACUUCUCCUAUUACGCUUUCUUCUUUAUUUCCAAUAGAUCUCACUCAGUAUUUAUUUCUCCAUCUUUAGAUCCUCUUUUCAUAUACAUACUUUUUAUAUAUUACAGAAUUAUGUAUGAUUUUACUUUGAAAUAUUUUUAUCAUUCAAUCCUUUUUAUUUUUCUCAUUUUCGUAAUUUUUUCCUUCUCUUACUGUAUUUGUACCUUUCAUAUGAUAAUUUUUGUAUAAUAUUUUUAUACUGAAUUACAUAUUUUUACAUUUCAAUAAUUUAAUUUUAUUGCUAUAUAUGUUUCUUAUAUUUAUUUUUUACCUAUUUUCAUUUACUGUCGUCUGACUUGAUUUGUUCUGUGUUACUAUUUUUCCUUUCUAUCUAUUUCAUUCUGUAUACCGUACAAAAAAUAAAAACCGUCAUCUAUUUUUCUUGCCUUCCUUCCUUCUUUAGCAUUAUUACGUCACACAAACAUCGCAACCUGUCUAUUACCACCUUUUUAUCUUUUUACUCUACUUCAGACUAGUUUUCAUCUAUUUUGCUUUGAUGUCAUUUCUAUUCCUCACUUCUGCGUUUUUUCAUCACACGUCGUCUAACUUAGCUUUAGUAUUAUAUUUAUGAACAUUUCAAUAUUUUAAUUUAUUUUCUUCUCAUUCAAUUCAGCAUUUAUAAAUUAUUUCAUAUUUUCUUAUAAAUUUCUCGCUAUACUAUAUUCUUCUAUCUCGACCACCUUUAUAGUUCUUUUUCUACCUGUGAGCAUCUUUUUUCUAUAACUGUAUUAUAAAUAUGUUGCUUUUAAAUAAUUCUCAUUUAUGUUGACAUAUCUUUUUAUACCACGUUUUUCUUUUCUUUUUUGUAUCAUCUAAGUACUUUACGCCGCCUGUAUUUUUAACUGUACCAUAUUAUUUAAGUAACAUAUGACUUCUACAAAUUACCUUAUUUCCUUCUAUUCUUUUUUUCGACGUACUACAAAUGCCUUUUUUCUUCUUUUGCAAUAGUCACUACGCUUGUUUUUACUAGCUUCCAAAAGGAAAUUGUACAAUUACCAUUUUUCAUCUUUUACGCAAUUGUUUAUACUUUCUUUCCACCUUUCAUAUCUAUUUUAUAUUUAUUUCUAGAAUUUUCGUUUCUUUUCAUAUUUCCAUCUAAACUUUUUCGACUUCUAGAAAUGCCUUUUUUCUUCUUUUGCAAUAGUCACUGCGCUUGUUUUUACUAGCUUCCAAAAGGGAAUGGCAAAAAUACCAUUUCUCAUCUUUCACACUAUUCGUUAUACUUUCUUUCCACUUUUUAUAUUUAUUUCUCGAAUAUUACUUUGUUCUUAAUGGUUUGCCAUCUUUUACUUUUCAUAUUUCCUUACUUCCUUCUAUUCUUUUUACGACGUAAAGAAAUGCCUAUUUUCUUCUUUUACAAUAGUCACUACGCUUGUUUUUACUAGCAUCCAAAAGGAAAUGGUAAAAAAUACCAUUUUUCAUCUUUACACUAUUUGUUAUUUUCUUUUUACUUUCUUUCUUUCAUGUCUAUUUUAUAUUUAUUUCUAAAUUUUUACUUUGGUUUGCCAUAUUUUACUUCUCAAUUCUGUCACAACUGGGUUUUCAUUACUUCCAAUAUUUUCUAUUUCUUUCUUCGUUUUCUAUCUAAGUAUUCUUAUAAACCUUCACUGUUUUCUCUUCGUGCAUUGAAAGCGAAUGUUCUGCAAAAAUGUAUAAAACAUUGAAACAUUUAUAUAUUUGCCUUUUUUGCAAUGAGGUAUGGGGUACCUACAGUUUAGCAAUUCAGUUCUUGAUUGGAACUGAAAAGGAAAACACUUUGUGUUGUCAUUGUUCGGAAAUAAGGAGUGUGGCGAGGAUAUGGUACAGCCCCACACUCACUGCGACCAUGUUCUAACGCGAGUGUGCUCUAAGUUUUACCCUACCUCGUCCAGUAUUGAUUCCGCCGUAAAACAAUGUUAUUGUACGUACUUUACUAUUAUAUAGGCAAAAUACCUGUAAUUACGAUUAUAUUUCUCCGAGCUAUAUCUUAUUUUAUACUCUGUCUAUGUCCAUUCCAUAUCUAUGGCUCUUUAUCUUUCUACAUUUCUUUAACCCUUAAUUUGUCUUUACUCC